AUGCCUGAUUUUAAAGACAUUUGUACGAAGGAAAUAUUUCCAAGUAAAAAAAUAAAAAGGUUUUUUUUAAAAUGCCGAUCUAAGGAAAAGGUCUUGUAUUCCUUUACUUCGGAAAAUGAAUCGAUGCAUGGAGAAAAAUGUCGUAGAAGUUAUAAGAAUAUUUUAAAACAAAAAAUAAAGAAUAUACACUUUGAAAUACUAACACGAAGAUUCCACAAAUGUUUAAGUUUUCUAUAUUUGAUUUUAAUUAUUUUUAGUAAAGACAUUUUGUACAUAUUUUUUGAUAAGGGGCAAAAUAUAUUGAUGGAUACAAUAACUAUUGUUCUAAUUAUUCUUAAUAUUGUUGAAACAAUAUUUCAUUUGUCUAUUAAUACUUCCUAUAUUUAUUAUUUUAUGUUUUUUGAUGUUUUGUCAUUAAUUAUGAUAUUUGGAGACUUAUCUAUUUGUGAAAAUUACGUGUUUAAUUAUUUGUGUUCCUCUUUUAAAAAAUUUUAUCAUGUUGAAGACAUAAAUAAUGAAGAAAUAUUUUAUUUGAUUCAAUUGUUUAAAGCCUUAAAAAUCACAAAAAUGUAUCGGUUGGUUAUUAAAAUAAUCAAGGAUCAUACUAAGGACAAAUACAAGCACCGGAAUGAGUGGAAUUUUGAAAAAAUGGAAAGCAUGAAAAAUAAAACAUGUUUGAAGGAUAAUUUAAAAUUUACAAAUAAAAUGCACUUGACUUUGAUCAAAAGAUUUUUUGUUUCCUUAAUUUUUGUUAUGCUAUCCUAUAUAUUGAUUGAAUUGGUGACAUUUUCAAAGGGGAAUAAAAGUUCGAUGAGCUAUUUUAUAUAUAACAUAGACCGAACAAAUUUUGAUGACCACUAUGAAUCAGAAUUUUUGAAAGCCCUUUAUUUUUAUAGUAAUAUUCAAAGAACAAAAAAUGAUGAAGAAUAUUUAAUAAGUUUUAAGUCAAAAGUAAAAUUACAAAAUUUUGUUAACAAGAAAGAAAUUAAUAUUGGAAAAGAGAAACACAUAUUAUGGGAUUUUACAAAAUCACCCUAUACCGAGAUGAUGAAAUUGUUAGACAUGAAGAUCCCUAAUGCACAAAAUGAGGAAGAGAUUACCAUGGAUAGUACAAUCAAAAAUUCAAGUCAACUAAGACAAUAUGAAAUGAGAGUUUACAAAUCCAAAGAUUUUAUCUUUUACAUAAACAUAAAAAAAAAAAUAAUACAAAAAAUCAAGAAUAUAGUGAUAUUAAAACUAUUCAUUAUAUUGUUUUCCUUUUUUAUAUUGUUUUAUUUUUCGAUCGAGCUAAAUAUUCUCUUGUUUCCAAUAGAAAGUAUAUUGAAAAAGUUGAAACUUAUGAAGUCUAACCCAACAUUAGCUCUAGAAAUGCAAGAGGAGUUACUGAACCAUGAGUUGGAUAAUAUUUUACGAACUAAACAAUUGAAGAAAGAAUGUAUAAAAGGGAAUUAUGAAAUAUUAAAAAUGGAAGAGAAUUUAAUGAAACUGGGAACUUUAAUGCUGCUUGGAUUUGGAGAAGCAGGAGCAAAAAUUAUAUCGAAAAAUAUAAAUGAUCAAGAAAGAAUAAAUUUAUUAAUAAAUGGAGAAAUUGUUUAUUCUGUUUUUUCAUUUUGUGAUAUAAGAAAUUUUACUGAAAUUACUGAAGCUUUAAAGGAAAAGAUUAUGAUAUUCAUAAAUUUAGUUGCAGAAAUAAUUCAUGAGUGUUGUGAUUUUUAUGAUGGGUCGAUAAAUAAAAAUAUAGGAGAUGCAUUUUUAUUAGUAUGGAAAUAUAAAAAAAAUUAUUGUUUAAAUAAAAAUUUGUCCAAUCAAGAAUAUAUCAAAACAGGAGUUACAUCCUAUGAAUAUUAUUCUGAAAAAAAAAAAAUUAACAGAAUUUGUGAUUUAGCUUUUUUAUCAACAAUAAAGACACUGAUAAAAUUAAAACAGUCAGAAAAAAUAAGAACGUUCUUGAAAAGCGAGAAAAUUGAUGAACUUGUUAACAAUAAUAUUAUAGAAUUAAGUUUUGGUUUGCAUUUUGGAUGGGCUAUUGAAGGAGCUAUAGGAAGUCGAUACAAAAUUGAUUUAUCUUAUUUAUCUGAAAAUGUGAACAUAGCUAGCCGGCUACAAGAUAUUUCAAAGAUAUACAAAAGCAAUAUUAUUAUAUCUGGCGAUUUUUACGACAAUAUGUCUGAGAAUUUUAAAAAAUCGCUUAGGAAAAUAGACAGGGUGACAUUGAAAGGAUGCGCAAACCCGUUAAAUUUGUACACUGUUGACCUGUGUCUGAAUAAAAUACAAAAUGAAAAGACAAUAAAUAAGUUCGAUAUUAUUGGUUCAACCUCAAAUUCGGAUAGGAAAAUGACAAAAAUUUUUGAUGAUAUAAAAAAAAAAACAGAAAGAAGAAGACGAAAAAAGCAGUUAUCAAAUCUUGACUAUGACCUAUUUUUAGAAUAUACAAAAAGUAGGGACAUAAAAUUAGUUAAGGUGGAAUAUCCCGAAGAAUAUUUGAAUUUAUUUGAACAAAGCCUGGAAUUAUAUUUGAAUGGAAAGUGGAAUGAAUCAAAAAAACUGUUGGAUAAUUUAAAAAAUAAAUUUUAUUUUGAAGAUAAUAUUGUUUAUCAGUUGCUUGACUUUUUGAGCUCAAACAAUUUCACCACGCCUUAUGAUUGGCCUGGUUACAGAAUGUUUUUGCAUAAGUCGUAA